AAGGACAGCGAGUGAGCGCACGAGGGGGGUGAGCAGAGGCAUUCCUCGUUCCUCUCUCUAUUCUUCUCUGUCUGCCGGCUGAUGCUCGCGCGUUCACUCAGCGCAGAUAUGAGCGCAGCUCGCAGUGAAGUUUGAAGAAGACAGAGAGCAGCGCGCGGUCGGAUUAUUAUUUACAUCAAACUUGCUGCAUAACUCGUCCGGCGUUUGCCUUGAGAGUUCCUAACUUUCUCUUUCAUCCGUUUGGUUUGACCAUGGGCUUUUCUCGCAAAAAGGCGUUUUAUUGGCCCGUUUGGUUGUUUGCUGUUGUUUUUGUGAUUUUGAGUCAGCGUUGUCAUGGAAGUUGUUCAGAAAAGGAGCUGGAAAAGCGAGAAGAAGAGGCGAAUAUAGUUUUAACUGGGACUGUAGAGGAGAUCUUGAACAUGGAUCCGGUGCACAACACUUAUUCCUGCAAGGUCAGGGUAUGGCGUUACUUAAAAGGCAAGACCAUGGUGAAUGGAGAGGUGCUGCUGGACGGAGGAAAUAAGGUGAUGAUCGGCGGUUUCGGAGACCCCGAUAUUUGCGACAAUCAGGUGGCCACCGGAGAUACGCGCAUUUUCUUUGUCAACCUGGCCCCUGAGUUCAUGUGGCCGAGCCACAAGAACGAACUGAUGCUCAACUCGAGCCUGAUGAGGAUUACUCUCCGCAACUUGGAGGAGGUGGAGCACUGCGUUGAAGAUCAUAGAAUGAUCAGUGCAGAUAAACCUGUUCACUUCACACCGGCUCCUCCUCCUGAUGACGGACAGUACUUCAUGCGCCAGACCUACACAAGCCCGCAGAAAAGCUCUCCUCCCAGCUAUCUCAUCCCGCGGCCGCUGUCUUCAGAGGCCAUUAAAC